AUGAUUUCGCUUGGCUGUCCGACGAUUCAACACAUUCAGGGCUGCUUGCAAGCUGGAUGUUUCGCAGCAGUGACGGCGUCUUUCUACUUUUUCUUCGCGAUGGCCACAACAAAAUGGGCAAUGUUUGUCACAACAACUUUGGCCUGGGAAUUAUCGCACGCUGUAGAUGGGCUCAUCUUAAUUGUUUUCCACGACAGAUUCCGUGUGCUGCUUCGUCAGCCAUCAUUACUCUGGCGAAAAGAAUUUUCACCAGUCAAGUCGUCAACGUUUCCGUUUUGA